AGAAGCCUUUACAACACGGAAGUUCACUUUGUAAGAGCCUUCACAACCUGACAAGGGCUGAGAUGAGCCGAAGAACCAAGCCUGAAGGCCGAGCGCCGCAGGAAAAUGUGCCUUCCUGCCUCCUUGAGGAUCUUGAAAACCACCAAGUAUUCGAACUUUUGGGCAGGAAAUGCACGACCAUGGUCACAACAGUGGUCCAACUCUUUCUGGCUUUGCCUCAAAGCAGCAGAAACUGGUUCAAGCAGAGUUCUGGAGUGCUGUGUUUCGUAAAGGAUGUUCCUAAACGUUCCUACUUCAUCCGCUUGUUUGAUCUUAAGCAGAAGAAGAUGAUCUGGGAGCAAGAGUUGUAUAACCAGAUGGUCUAUGUUGCUCCCACCACCUUUUUCCACACCUUUUUUGGAGAUGAGUGCAGCGUGGGACUAAACUUUGCUGAUGAGCAAGAGGCACAAUCUUUUCAACAAAUGGUGGAAGAGAAGAUUCAGAAGAGGAACCAGAGGGAUAACAGACAAUUGCCACCGCCACCCCCUCCAGUGAAUGGUGAUAGAAAAGGAACUUUCUCACGGUCCCCACUUUCUGGAGUUGAUAUGAAUGGACCUUGCUCACAGCCAAAUUCCCCUCCCACUCCACUGUCUCUGGCAACUGUUGAUAUACAGAAUCCUGACAUCACUUUUUCCCGCUAUCGUGGUCUCCCAGUCCCAACUGCAGUAGAUAAGAAGAAGGGGAAAAAGAAGAUUUCCAAGGCUGACAUUGGUGCUCCUUGUGGAUUUAAGCACAUCCAGCACAUCGGAUGGGAUCCCAGCAGUGGGUUUGAUUUGAACAAUCUGGACCCUGAUUUGAAGACAUUUUUCUCUAAGGCGGGAAUCAGUGAUGCUCAGUUGACUGACGCUAAGACUUCAAAGAUAAUCUAUGAUUUUAUUGAAGGUCAAGGAGGGUUAGAAGCUGUCAAGGAAGAACUGAGACGACAAGGUCCAAGUCAUCCCCCCCCCCCCCCCCCCCCCCCCCCCAGCCCCCCUCCCCCCCCCCGUGGGCAAGGCCGAAGUGGUCCCUUACCACCUCUCCCAGGGGCUCCUAUGAUGUCAAAUAGGGGAGAUGUCCCCUCCCCACCACAACCUUCUUCUAGGCAACCUCCCUGCCCCCAGUGGGGACCACCUGCACCCACUUCACGUUCUGGAUCACAUCCUCCUCCCCCGCCUCCAUUUGCAUCAGUCCCACCUCCACCCCCACCCCCUCCGCCACCCCCACCCCCUCCUUCAUUCCAGAAUUCUGCACCAUGCCCCCCUCCCCCUCCUCCUUCUGGAGGGCCUGGAUCACUGAGGACCCAGCCGCCUGCUGUCUCUUCAGGGCGUGGUGCGCUGCUGGACCAGAUACGCCAAGGAAUACAGCUCAACAAGACACCCGAUGUUGUGGACUCUUCACCUUCCAUGCAGAGUUCUGAAGGCCUGGUAGGGGCUCUUAUGAAUGUGAUGCAAAAGAGGAGCAAAGUCAUCCACUCUUCAGAUGAAGAUGAAGACAAUGGCGAUGAAGAUGACGACGAUGAAUGGGAUGACUGAGCCUAGAAAUGCACCCGACACCAAGUUUUGAUCCUUCUUUCAGCCUGUUGCCAGAGGCAUUUAAUCGGAUGAUGACUCUUCCAUAAUUCUUCCCUCCCCAUCUCUGCAGAUACUUCUGGAAUAAGGCAGAGGAAGUCUGCUUCAAUGAGGGUAGCAAAGGGGUUAUUUUCCCAUCCUCCUUUUCAAAAUCACUUAGGCCUAAGCAUAUUCUCCUCCCUCACCUGCGCACCUGGAUGCCUUUGACAGUUUUAGAAAGUAAGGUUGUAAUUCUAUCUCUUUGAGCCCUCCAAUUUUGACCAUUCAUAAUCUCCUGCAUAUUUUUCUAAGGGUUGUAUUAUCUUUCAGCCAACCCUUUCUUGAACCUUUCUUUUGCUUACCUAAUUGUGUUUCCCCCACGAACUUUUGAAGCCCAAAUGCAGGCAUGAGAAUGACAAGAAUGUAAGCAAGUUCUCUUUAUUUUUUUGAUAUAAAAUCCUUUGAAUGUUGUUAACUCAUACUGAAACUUUAAUUAUUUAAAUUGUUUGCUCAUCUUUCAAAAGAAUGCAUUGGCACUAGAAGGGGGAAACUGACUUCUAUUCUUUACCACAAACAUUUGCUUUAUUUACCAGCAUGAACUGAUAUAUACAUAUAUGCAUACAUAUAUACACACAUACAUGCAUGUCACACAUGUACUGGAAAUUAUGGCAUUUUCAAUGGAUUUGAUUCUGAUAUAUUCUUUUAUUCCCAAAAGAGGGAGUGAUUUGUCAUUCUUCUCCUUAGACCAUCAUUCUGAGGUCAUAUGGUUUUCCAGCUACUCCUGCAUUCAAAUUAGCACACAUAGAAGAAUUUUGCUGUACUACUUGAGGUUAUAGAAACUGUUAUCUGAAUGGUAGCACUUUUGGAAUGGGGGCUAUUGACUGAGAAUAAGAGAAGAUGGGAAAACCUCAUUUCAUGUACUCUUCAGGAAAAGGAAAUGUACUUUUAUAUGGAUAUGUU